AUGAGUAAACAAGGAGGUAAUGGAGCUAAAGGAAUCAGCAUUUCCUCUGAAAAGCUGCAGCUGCCCUCCUCUGCCCUGCUGCAGGGAGACUUUUACUGGAUCCCUAAACACAACAACAGGUUUGACUAUCAGGCCAGAGGGAAGCUGAGAAUAGAGCAUCAGGAGAGCAAACUUUCAGUGCAGCUGAACGGAACAACAGGAAGAAUCAGCUUCCGUUCGUCUCUCAGGCAUCCCUUCAAAUCAAAGAUCCCCCGAUCGCUGGAGGUGAAAGCUGCUGUAGACGCUUCAGUGACUGGAAAAGGAAGCAGUUGGUUGCGUGUGACGGCUAAUGGGAAGAACAGGGCGGCUCUUAGCGGCCGGGUGUCCCACCUGCUGCAGAACCGAACCAGAGCAGCGACCCUGAACCUGAACGUGUCCCAGAGCCUUCUACCUGCAGCCACUGACCUGCAGCUGGACGUGGCAGCCAACAUGUCAGCAGACGGUGUGUCUCUGAGUGGCUCCUUCAUGCAGGGACAGGAGGCAUUCAUGGUGCAGGUCAAAGGAUCUGGACAAACCUCUGCGGGUCUCCAGCUUUCCUUCACCGGGAACGUUCACCAUUCAGUGUCUGCAGAGGAAGUUCUGCCUCCAGUUCUGCAUCUGGAUGGAAAGUUGGAGCGUUCAGAUACUUUAACAGAAGGCGUACCUGCUGACAGCAGUGCUAAAGCACAGUGGACCUUGGAUGAAGUUGGGCUGGCAGUCCUCGCAGAGCUGCAGGCCGGGACCGAACAUGUCAAAGCUGAGUUUCAUAGAAGCGGGACAGACCUGGAAGGGCAAUACUUCUGCAGGUUACAGCUUCAAGUUAAAGCCCUGCAGAAAAGAGGCCUGGCAAGCUCUCUCCAAGCCAGAGCAUCUUACCAGUUAGAAUUAAAUGGACUUAACACAAGCUUGGUUCUUCAUGUGGAAGAUGAGAAAGCUGCAGAUAUCCAUCUCAUAGUGGGGUCAGAAAACGAAACAGCUGCUAUGGCUGUGAUGCUUUGGCAAGACAUCAAGCUACUCCCAGGCUUCAUACCAAACUCCUUACAGAUGAACUGCAGAAGAGUCACCAGCAAAGACCGACACUCAGCUCACUGCUCUGGAAACGUGGAAAACCAUCCCUUGCAGACUGUAACUGGUCCACAGGCCUCAGCCAACAUCUCCAUCACCCAUAUUGGAUGUGUCACAAACCUUAGUGCAGUUCUGCAGACUGAAGAGGCACAGAAAGGCGCUUUGUUUCUGUCCCUAACCCUCAGUCCUCACCUUAGUCUACAUGCUUCUGUUCUGCACUUUAUAAAUGCACUGAAGACAUUAUCGCUUCCUGAAAGUGGAGCCUCAACACUGAAUGUCCCUGGUGGAUAUUUUCCUCGAGCGGAUUUUAGCCUUGAGCUCGGUCAGUGUUUCAUAAGGGGACAUUUGGGCAAUGCCACAGCUUCACAGGAAGACACUGUGCAGCCUUCUCUGGCUUUGAACGUUACCAGCUUCUGUCCUCUGCUUCAGGGGACGAUCGUCCCUCGGUCUCUAAGCCUGUGGGGCCUCCUGUCGGUUACCCCCUGCCAGGUAACCGUGUCAUCCUCUGUGAGGGCUGAUGAGGAGGAUGGGUCUUUGAAGCUAAGUCAGUCCUGCAUGGCUCCGCAUAUUUCGGGGACCAUCACUCAUUCUUUCUAUGGGCUGAAGAGUCGAGGUCUGCCGCAGAUGAUGGCUUUUGAGGCUACAGGUCUGAAAGCCUCAGACCAGGAAGGGGCCGUGGUUGUUACAAUUGGAGGAUGUCAGAUUAGAGCCAGGAGAACGACUAAGGACAGAGGACUGGGACAUUGGGUCUUGGAGACAGACUGCCCUGUGUUACAGGCUCACGCGAACGCCUCAAUGGGGACGCACCCUGGAGGCAAGUGGACGGCUACAAUGGAGACUGAUCUAAAGGGCGGAGGAGUUUUUCUCAGACUGGAGGCUAAACCCUGGCCAGAGCUGAGUCUGGACAGCGUGCUGGAUCAUGACAGUCCUGCCCUCAGAGCUCUGCCAAGAAGAAGCAGGCUGACAUUAAGCAGCAGUUCUGGAGGAAACCAUGGAGAGGUUCUGCUUCAGAUGGAGCAGUGUCAUCUCAGAGCCGGCUGGAAUGUGACGUCAUAUCCCGGGCUGGUGAUGUCACUGCUGUACGACAACAACUGCACGGCGAUUCAGGAGUGGGGCGGUCCGAACACCAUCCAGGCCUCCGGCUCACUCCUCCACUCACCACAUUCUUUUAACACGCACAUCUUCAUGGUGAUUGACGACAAAGUGUUUCACACUGUGCUAACAGCAACGCAGGCAGAGGGUCAAAAGGAAGCAUUUCUUCAUCUAAACCAUUCAAUGCCGCUGCUGAAGAAAUGUGGCCUUCCCACCAAGGGUUCACUUCAUAUAAAGUCUGUGAAUCAUGAGAAGGAUUCAUACUCAUUUGAAGUCCACAGCAGUGCAGGAACUCAAAAGUGUCUCAGCUAUGAGGAGACUACAGAAUGCUCUUGAAACCUGGCUUCAAGGAAGUAGUGUCUGGAAGCCUUUGACUGACAGCUUGACAUUCAUAAGUGAAG